GUGCGACGGGUCGCUCGGCCGUCCCAGGCGGCACGGCAGCAUGGGGCAGGCGGGCUGGAAGGGGCUCUGCCUGUCCAUGUUCGACUACAAGACCGAGAAGUUUGUCAUCGCCAAGAACAAGAAGGUGGGCCUGCUCUACCGGCUGCUGCAAAUCUCCAUCCUGACCUACCUGCUCGUAUGGGUAUUCCUGGUGAAGAAGGGUUACCAAGAGGUCGACACCUCCCUGCAGAGUGCUAUUAUUACCAAAGUCAAGGGUGUGGCCUUCACCAACACCUCAGAGCUUGGGGAGCGGCUCUGGGAUGUCGCCGACUACGUCAUCCCAUCCCAGGGAGAGAAUGUCUUCUUCGUUGUUACCAACUUGAUCAUGACCCCCAACCAGCGACAGGACACCUGUGCUGAGAGUGAAGACAUUCCUGAUGGCAUGUGCUCUAGGGACAGCGACUGCCACCCUGGGGAAGCUGUUAUAGCUGGAAAUGGUGUGAAGACUGGCCGCUGCCUGUGGGCAGGGAAUCUGUCCAGGGGCACCUGUGAGAUCUUCGCCUGGUGCCCAGUAGAAACAAAAUCCAGGCCAGCGAAGCCACUUCUGAGGGACGCUGAAGACUUCACCAUUUACAUAAAGAACUUCAUUCGUUUCCCCAGAUUCAACUUCUCCAAGACCAAUGUGCUGGAAAGCAAGAACAUGGCUUUCCUGAAAUCCUGCCGCUUUGGCCCUAAGAACCACUACUGCCCCAUCUUCCGACUGGGGUCCGUGGUCCGCUGGGCUGGGAGCAACUUCCAGGAUAUAGCUGUGAAGGGUGGUGUGAUAGGAGUUCAUAUUGAAUGGAACUGUGAUCUUGAUAAAGCGGCCUCUGAAUGCAACCCUCACUAUUCUUUUACCCGUCUGGACAACAAACUUGAAGAGUCUGUCUCCUCUGGAUACAACUUCAGGUUUGCCAAAUAUUACCGAGAUGCAGCCGGGGUGGAGUUCCGCACCCUGAUAAAAGCCUAUGGGAUCCGCUUUGAUGUGAUGGUGAAUGGCAAGGCAGGGAAGUUCAACAUCAUCCCCACAAUCGUCAGUGUGGGCUCUGGGGUGGCGCUCAUGGGUGCUGGGGCUUUCUUCUGCGACCUGGUACUCCUCUACCUCAUCAAAAAGAGGGAGUUUUACCGUGACAAGAAAUACGAGGAAGUGAGGGGCCGAGACAACAGGGCCCUGGAGGCCGAAGAGUCAGGAUUGGGGCUGCCAGAGCAGCCCGAGUCGGGGCCAGGACUGCCGGAGCAGCCCGAGGCGCAGCACGGAAGCAGCAGCUGGAAGGGGAAUGGCUGUUUGUGCCCGCAGCUCCUCAAGCCUGCCAGGUCUAGCCACCUGAGGAAUGCGAAGGUGAAUGCAGAGCAGCUGCAGACCCUGCAGACCGUGGAGACGUAGCCAGACUGUUGGCCGAGAGCACAUUUGGUAAAGAGUGAAGAUGUUGGGGCCAGAACCAUCAACAGCUCUGAACUGAUGAGAGGAGUCUUUGUGCCUGCAUGGACAGGGGCUUCCAGGCACAGCCAUCUCUCCUGCACUUUGGGAUCUUGCUAUGGACCUUUUGCUGUGUAGGAAGGGAGUCUCCCAGUGGCCAGAAUCUAGAGGAGGAGGCCCUGGAGCAGGUGCCCAGGGGACAGGGGCAGGCCAGAGGCCUGAGUGGAACAAAGUGUUUUUAUUUUUUCUGUGAA